AUUUCGUAUUUCAAAACUAUUUUUAAUUAGAAAAAUGGCGGAAAGCAGCAAGAAAGAAAAUGGAGUAUCUUCUGACAAAAGUCAAGAAGAAGAGAAAGCAAAGUCAAAGGAAGAAAAGACAGAAGAACUUCCCGACACGUCAUACAGAGCAAACUUGCCAAAAGCAAUCUUUGUUGAAGAUGUGGAUAAGUUUAUGCAAGAACCAGGAAAUUCAUCGGCUGAGCAGGUCCUGAGACGAUUUGACGAACUGCACACUAAAUACAAGUUUAUGGAAUCUAAUCUACUGGAAAAGAAAAGAAGACUAAGGAAUCGAUUACCAGACAUACAGAAAACAUUAAAUAUGAUAAAAUACCUUAAAUCGAUACAGGGUUCCGAUAAAUCCUUUACGACGCAUUAUCAAUUAUCGGGUGGAGUUCAUGGAACUGCUGAAGUACCACCGACUGAUAUUGUGUACCUGUGGCUUGGAGCUAAUGUCAUGUUAGAAUACCCCAUUGAUGAGGCUAUGGAGCUACUUACAAAUAAUUUAGACAAUGCAGUGAAAUCGUUAAAUGGAGUAGAGGAGGAUCUAGAGUACAUCACGGAGCAAUGCACCACACUUGAAGUUGCAAUGACUAGGGUUUACAACUGGGACGUGAAGGAAAGAAGAGAGAAGAAAUUGGCUUCCCUUCAACAGCAGCUCCAACAAUGAAGAUAAAGAUAAUAAUAA